CACCGAGCUAAGCUUACAUGUGUAAAGGAGCACACACAUACAUAUCCCAUUUGACGACUUAUCGAAGCCCAUCAGGAUUCCCCUGCAAUCCAACAAAAAAAAAAUGCCACAUACUAUAGCGCUGCGCGCUGGCGCAUCGCUCCUACUACUCGGUGUUGUGUUCCUAUGUUGCAUCAUAGGCCUCACGCAAGCACAAGAGAACAUAAUGCCACAGAUUCCUCCAUCGCUGCAGGAGUGCUAUAAUACAAGUUAUUUCAUGAAUCGCCAAAAUCGUCUGCCCCAAAACAUCGAAACGCUCAUCUCGCUGAUUGAGAAAGUCGAGAAUACACCCAACUACUCUUACGACAUGCGUACGCUUGCGGUGUCGCUGCUGCAACGCUUUCGCCAAGAUGGCAUUCAGCGCGCUUAUGGAGUGGCUGAAUCACCUGGCGUCAUACCCUACAGUCCAACCGGUUUCCAGUUUCCCAAAUUCCGCAUAUUGUUAUCGCGUCUUAUACCCGGCAACGCUAUGACUUUUCCCAAUCAAACGCUGACACGCGAAGAGCGUUGUUCCUUGCACUUCAUGCUCUCUAGCUCGAUAGAGACACGCGUGCGCGGUGAUGAAUCACAAGUAUGCAAUCAAAUUUCACUGUAUCGCGCCCAACGCCUGCGUCGUUCACCAUUUGGCGAGCGCAGCAGCAGCGACAACGGUAUGAUUGGCGAUGUUGAAGUGUUGGAAAGUUUUAGAGCUAAAGCGCAGAAACGUGGCCUGAAGCAAAAGGGUGCCUUCCACUCCUACGACUACGAUUUUGGUUGGAUCAAUUCGGGCACAUCCACCAGUACAUCAAUAAGCCAGUGUCCCGUGGAGAAUGGUGUUAUCUGGACGCCUUGGGGUACGGUCGCCGCCGGCACACUUUUGGCGGGUAUUGCUACAGGCUUGCAACAACAAACCGUACAGCUGCGUACGCUGCUGGCGCUAGCGACACGCCAAAAUGGUUAUCAGUCUCUGCCACAGGUAGCCACCGUCAGUGUGGAUAAUCGCUGGGCCGCCACUUUAGCUGGUGAUCUGUCCGAGGUGGCGUUGGUACAGGUGCCUUUCACAACCACGGAAACGGCCUCGGUGGGUUCAAACGGCGCAUGGAAUAGUACAGUAAUGCCCGAAUGGUAUUUCUUGUCGCAAAGUCAAAACAUGGAAAUGACUGACGCCGAGAUACGUGGCGGAUUGGAUGGUCUAAUCAUUGCCAAUAAUAUUGUCUCGUGGCGCAGCCAACAGAGUAAUAUGAAACUAUCACAGUUGCUGCGUAUGUACUACUCCACGAAUGGUGUUUUAAAUAGCGGCAUUAUGGCGUGUAAUCGCAAAAACAACUUCGCCACAUAUGCGCCAGCCGGUGAGAUGUUGAAGCAGACGAGCGCCUUUGCACAAGUCUUGGAUCGUGAAAUGCAAUUGGGCGUCACAUUGUCGGCGGCGAAUAUUGCAACAUUCUCCGAAUCGGCAGCCUCUGCGCUACAAACUUAUGUUCCGAAUAAUCUUAAUGACGUAACCUGUACCGUUAGCAGCAGCGCCAGCGGCAUUAACAGUGUGAUAACGCCCAUGACUAAUAUCUAUGUUUUCUUGGAUACCACAUGGCAAUACAUUAAUAUCGUUGAUUAUGUCAAUUACAUAUUACAACGUCUCAACGUGUAUCCCUAUGCCAGUUCGGUAACACUGUUAGCUGCUAAUGAUGGUUCAGUUAUUGUCAAUACCACCAAUUCCCUGCCAGACCUAUAUCAGGGUUGGAAUGUGACUACACAAGCACAAUAUACCACUGGCUUCAAUUUACCCACCGUUUUACAAAAAAUAACCAAUCUGACUCAGGCCUACAUGAACGCUGAACAAACGAAUUCUUCUGUUGGUGGCCGCUCUCUAGUCGCCCUACUGAUCCCCUACAGUACUGUGCAAGUGAGCAGCAGCGACUCCACCUAUGCCACCACACAGCUGCAAUACAUUUACGAACAAAUACCCGAUUUGAAUUUCAUUUACUAUACAAGCGGCACGAUCAAUCGCUUUGCUACAUUCGUACGCAAUCCUAGCACAGAUUUGUUUACACUGAAUACGGCUAGCACUGCAGCCGCCUCAUCGGGUCCAGUUGUGUCGCGUAUUAUUCAAAUUCCGCGCCGCCUAAUCAAUCCACGCUGUGGCUCAACCUGGUACACGCCCUCUUGGGGCACCGAUCAGCUGGCGCAGUAUCUAAGUCCAAAUGGCACUAAUUUCUAUCGUAUGGCACCCAACUACUUUUAUGGCGCUGGCAGCAACCGCAACGUGGCUAUCCAAUCCACCAGUGGCAUACAAUUCAUAAUUUGCACCUCGCGCACCGUUCCACUACCUACGCAAAGCAAUGCCACCAACAAUAGUGGCGGUUCAUCGGACAUAAAUUGUGCCGCGAUUGGCAACGGUUUCUCCUAUGAUCUGUCCAAUGCAUGCAACGGUUACAGUUAUAUUAGUCAAUGCCCACCACUCUACAUCUCAGUGCAGUCGCCAACAACCAUUUCAUCGACGGUUUCGUGCACUGAUAAUGCCUGCCAAACACCGGAUCAGGCACGCUACGUAGUCUCGGUGACGAAUUUGGGCUGUUACAGUGGCGUCGCUGGGCUCUUUGCCAGUUGCGCCACCAUUUUGCUGGCGUACUUCCUGCGCGAGGCAUUACAGUAGAGACUUAGAGAAGUUGAAGAUUUGAUGUAGAAAGCGUUCGGCUUUUCUUUAGUUUUUUCUAUUUUGGCUUGUCAGUGUUGCCAAUGUACCUAGUACAGAAAUAAUUACCAGUGUUAAGUUUAUCAACAUA